CCUCGUCGCCACUGACCAUGUCCAUCCUCCAAGCACAGUUCACGCUCCCUGCCAACGUGAGCGAGUUUGCAGCGCGCGAGCUGCGCACCGCGUCGGCGGCGCUCAACAGCCCGGCCGGCAUGGUCGGGGUCGCUGUGCUGCUCGUCGCGCUCUCGGCGUUCCUCUUCCUCCGGAGGCCGCCGCACUACCCGUCGUUUGUCAACCUGCCCGGGCCGGCACCUUCGCAUUGGCUCUGGGGGAGCAGCCUCGAGAUCAUCAAGGGCUUCGUGGGCCAGAGACACACCGAGUGGUUUACGAAGUAUGGCAAGAACGUGCGGUACACGGCGUUCGGCACGACGCAGGCCAUGAUCACGAGCGACCUGACGACCAUCAACUAUGUGCUCAAGAACGGCUACGACUUUGUCAAGGUGCCCGCGUCGGCGCGCGUGCUCAACAACCUCCUCGGUGCGGGCCUCAUCACGGCCGAGGGCGCGACGCACCGCCGCCAGCGGCGCGUGCUCAACCCCGCCUUUGGGCCAGUGCAGAUCAAGAACCUCAUGCCCGAGUUCUGGAACAAGGCGUACGAGCUCGACAAGAUAUGGGCCCAGCUCAUCGCGUCCGGCGGCGACCCGGCCGCGGCGGGCCUCGCGCCCAACGACGGCCCGACCGUCACCCCGCCCAACGACGUCGACAAGGCCGCCCAGGGGACUGACGGGCUCAAGUUUGAGACGCUCCGCUGGUUCAACCGCUUCGCGCUCGACGUGCUCGGCAUUGCUGGCAUGAAUGUCGAGCUCGGUUCCCUGCACAACGUGGAUAACGAGCUCGCAAGGGCGUACAAGGCCAUGGCGACGCAGCAGCCCCAGAUCACGCCGUGGAUCAUGAUCGAGAUGCUGUUCCCCAUCUUGAGAUACAUUCCGACCAAGCGCCAGACCGUCAUGCGCACCAACGUAGCCAUCGCGAGGAAGAACAGCGUCAAGCUGCUGCGCGAGAAGAAGGCCGCGGUGGCGAAAGAGGCCGCGGGGACGAGCGACCCCUCGACGCGCGAGCGCGACCUCCUCUCGCUUCUCGUGCGGGCCAACACGUCCCCCGACGUCCCCGCAGACCAGAGGUUAAGCGACGACGAGGUCGUCGCGCAGGUGGCCACGUUCCUCGUGGCGGGGCACGAGACGACGUCGACGACGCUUGCGUUCCUCCUCGAGCGGCUCGCGCAGAACCCCGAGGCGCAGGAGAAGCUGUAUGCCGAGGUGGCUGCCGUGCCCGACGACCGGCCGACAUACGACCAGCUCUCCGCCCUGCCAUACCUUGAAAACUGCGUGCGCGAGGUGCUCCGCCUCGACUCGCCCGUCAUCGCCAACUCGCGCGUGCCCAUCGAGGACGUGACGCUGCCGGUGGGCAACCCUGUCCCAGGGCGCGACGGCAAGCUGGUCGAGAGUGUCCAGCUGCGCAAGGGCACGCAGAUCCUCUUCGCCCUGUCCCACGUCAACGCGUCAACCGAGCUCUGGGGGCCCGACGCGAGGGAGUUCAACCCCGACCGCCAUAUUGCCGGCCCGACGGAGAAGGUGCCGGGCGUGUAUGGCAACAUUCUUUCGUUCUACGGCGGCGUGCGUAACUGCAUCGGGUACCGCUUCGCCGUGACCGAGAUGAAGGCGGCCAUCUUUGUCCUCGUGCGGCACUACCGCUUCGAGAUGCUGCCGUCCAAGCCGAAAAUCCGCCGCAAGUGGCUGUUCGUGCAACGGCCCGCCGUCGAAGGCGAGGAGGAGGUCGGGCCGCAGAUGCCGCUGAUGGUGCGUCUGCGCCACGAGUAGUAGUUGUGUACUAGUACAAUGUAGCA